AGUGUUCUGACUUCUGUGACGGGCAUAAGAUUGGUCAGUGGGUCUGUUUCAUGCUGUGGGAGAGUGGAGAUCCUCUAUAAUGGCCAGUGGGGAACAGUGUGUGAUGAUAACUGGGACAUGAACGAUGCUGCUGUGGUGUGCAGACAGUUACAGUGUGGAUCAGCCAUCCGUGCACCUCAUGGAGCUGCCUUUGGUCAAGGUAGUGGUCAGAUCUGGCUGGAUGAAGUUAAUUGUUCAGGAAGUGAAGGAGCCCUCAGACAGUGUUCACACAGUGGAUUAGGACAACAUGACUGCAAUCAUGGUGAAGAUGCUGGUGUUGUAUGUUCAGGUGAGCUGCAGCUGCAGAUGCCGACCUUUUCCUUGACCUCAGUACAUGCAGCCGUUUCUCCUGGAGAAAGCGUCCAGUUCAGAUGCACAGCACCUAAACCUAGAUGCAACACUACUGCUGAAUUCCAGCUCCUCAGAAACGGACCGCCUGUAUCCUCUCAGACACACGAAUCAAGUGUGACUUUCAACCUUUCUAAUGUAGACGUCUCUUUUCAGGGCAGCUACAGCUGUCUUUACUCCUACCUAAACAACGCUGUCAAAUCACCUUUCAGCAGCAUUAUUACCAUCACUGUGGUGGACUUGCAGCAGCCCAGCAUUUCUCACAGUUAUCCUGACGGGUCUCAGGGGCCGGUGAUCACCAGGGGCCACAGUUUCACUAUCAUCUGUUCAACUCAAUCUCAGCAUCCUGGAGGCUCUUUUCUCCUGUUCAGAGGAUCAGACAUCACCGGGACUGAGUCAGAUGUUAAUCUCUCUUCCUCCUUCUUCUUUCCUGAGGCAGAUUACUCACACGAGGGAAACUACAGCUGUGUUUAUGAAGUCAGUGUCUCCUCUCGCUCCUUCCGUUCAUCUGCCUCUGAUCUGCUGCUCAUCACUAUCACAGCCUCCCUGCUUCCUGUCAUUGGUGCUGCAGUGUCAGCUGUGCUGCUCUUGUUGUCUGGUCUCAUAAUCUUCCUCCUGCUCAAGAGAAGACGACAGCAAAGGAACAUGGAAACUCAUUUAAAGUGCUCUUUUACGAAAGGUCAAGCUGCAUCACGUACUAGCAGAAAUGAAGAGGAUGAUGAGGCUGAUUAUGAAAAUAUUGAACUUGAUGAAAACAUGGAUUGUGAUGAUUCUGAACAGGACUAUGUUAAUGUGGACUCUGAUGAAUCUGAACAAGAUUAUAUUAAUGUGGACUCUAAUCAUUUCAAACAGGACAGUGCUGUGGACUCUGAUGAAUCUGAACAAGAUUAUGUUAAUGUGGACUUAAAUCAUUCCAACUCAAAUGACAGUUGAAUAUGGUUUAUUCUGCUUUUUGCUCUCCAAGAAGAUGGGUAACAUUUAAGAAUACUAUUCCUUUCUUACUGCAUAACUGAUAAGGCAUCACUCAGUAAAAUAACUAUGAAAUAACUAGUACUGAACACCUGUCAUGUGCUAGGACUGUCUGUUGUUUUUUCUUGUCCCAUGUGCUCUGUGUGCCCUACUUUCUGUCCUCUGUUGAUUGUCUCAUUGUUUUCAGAUGUGUCUUGUUAAUUUAGUAAUUUCCUUUGUCCUUUAUAAGUUCCAGUUUGUUUCAUGUCAAAUUGUCCGGUCUCGUCUGUGUAUGCGUCUGGUUCCAGUCGGCCCGCCUGCCUGCC